UGGAUGACUCACUCAUCUGCCGACAUCGGUUCGAUGAGAAAGCUCCAGCACUGAAGACUUAAUCAUACGUCUUAUUGUUAAACAUUAGGAUAUGGCAGACUCUUCAGAACAGGAGGGUAAUCCUCCUUCUGAAGUGCCAGUCCAGUCUGUAGCUGAUCAUACCUUAUUUUUAGAGUAUUUAUGCAGAGUUGUACCCGCCCUCUUAGAGGACCGUGAUUCAGCGACUGCAUCAUUAAAAACAAGCUUGGUAGAGAAAACGCACACGGAAUGCAUCAAGAAGUUUAUAAGUGACCCACAAACGCCAGCUUUACUCGUACAAAGAUCGUCAACCAAAGAUGACUCUGAAGAAGUUGAAGGUGGAGAAGGAGAUGGGGAAGGUGUUGUGUCCUACCAUAUAUCCUCAGAAGUAUUUUAUUCAAGUUCAAAGGUUACCAGUAUGAUUUUGAUCAAGAGAGGACAAAUACUUGAAGCAGACAAAGGUUUUCCUCAGCAGCUUCGUGUGAUGAACUUAAGUGAAGGGUCUCCAUAUGAAACUCUCCAUGCAUAUGUCAGCAAUGCUGUUGCUCCUUACUUUAAAUCUUACAUCAAGGAAACUGGCAAGGCAGAGAGGGAUGGAGAUAAGAUGGCACCAACUGUAGAAAAGAAGAUAUCCGAAUUAGAGAUGGGAUUGUUACAUCUACAACAGAACAUAGAUAUCCCAGAGAUAACCCUUCCUAUACACCCAAUUGUCAUGUCUAUCAUCAAAAAAUGUCAGGAGGAAGGAAGAAAGACCAAAGUAGAAGAUUUUGGAGAUAAAGUAGAAGAUCCACAGUUCCUGAAUGCAUUACAGAGUGGUGUCAACAGAUGGAUCAGGGAAAUUCAAAAGGUUACAAAACUGGACAGGGAUCCAUCAUCAGGAACAGCUUUACAGGAAAUAACUUUCUGGUUGAACUUAGAGAGGGCAUUGUUGCGUAUACAGGAGAAAAGGGAGAGCACUGAGAUAGUACUAACAUUAGAUAUUCUCAAGCAUGGCAAAAGAUUCCAUGCUACUGUCAGUUUUGACACAGACACAGGACUGAAGACUGCCAUGGCAACAGUAAAUGACUACAAUCAACUAAUGAAGGAUUUCCCUCUGAAUGACCUAUUGGCUGCUUCAGAGUUGGACAAGAUCAGAGUAGCACUACAAGCCAUAUUCCUUCAUUUGAGAAAGAUUAGACCAACCAAAUAUCCAAUUCAGAGAGCCCUCAGAUUAGUUGAGGCUAUAUCAAGAGAUUUGAGCAGUCAACUUCUGAAGGUUCUUGGGACCAGAAGACUGAUGCAUAUAGCCUAUGAUGAGUUUGAGAAGGUGAUGAAUGCCUGUUUUGAUGUGUUCGGUACCUGGGAUGAUGAGUAUGAUAGAUUACAAGGUCUACUGCGAGAUCUGGUGAAGAAGAAACGAGAAGAACAUUUGAGGAUGGUCUGGAGAGUCAAUCCUGCACACAAACGUCUACAAGCCAGGCUCGAUCAUAUGAGAAAAUUCCGUCGCCAGCAUGAACAGUUGAGACAGGUGAUUGUGAGAGUGCUACGUCCUACUACCACAAAGUCAGCAAUCAGAGCUACAACACCAGCAUCAGAAGAACCAGAACAAAAAAUAGGUGAACCUAUGGUUGAUGAGGCUGCUGACGCAAAUGCUAUUGAGGAAGUGAACUUAGCUUAUGAGAAUGUUAAAGAAGUAGAUGGUCUGGAUGUAUCUAAAGAAGGCUCAGAAUUCUGGGAGGCUGCUAUCAAAAGGUAUGAUGAGAGGAUAGAUCGUGUUGAGACCAGAAUCACAGCCAGACUGAGGGACCAACUUGGUACAGCAAAGAAUGCCAAUGAAAUGUUCAGGAUUUUCUCUAGAUUCAAUGCUCUGUUUGUACGGCCACACAUUAGAGGAGCCAUCAGAGAAUAUCAAACUCAGCUCAUACAGAGAGUCAAAGUUGACAUUGAAUCUCUUCAUGAAAAAUUCAAGGUUCAGUAUGCCCAGAGUAAAUCAUACAAAAUGAGCAAAGUAAGAGAUCUGCCACAGGUGUCAGGAAGAAUUGUAUGGUCCAGACAGAUUGAGUACCAACUAAAUGCCUAUCUAAGACGUGUAGAAGAUGUUCUUGGUAAAGGUUGGGAAAACCAUGUGGAAGGACAAAAGUUAAAAGCUGAUGGCGAUAGCUUUAGAAUGAAACUGAAUACACAAGAAUUAUUUGAAGAUUGGUCAAGAAAGGUACAAGGAAGGCAGUUGGUUGUAACAGGAAGAAUUUUCAGUAUUCAGAGUGUGAAACAUAAAUCAAUGAAGAAAGGAAAUGUUCUUAGGUUGUUUGUCAACUUCCAACCAGAAGUUAUCACCUUAUCAAAGGAGGUGAGGAACUUGAGAUGGUUAGGAUUCAGGGUACCACUUGCUAUUGUAAACAAAGCACAUCAAGCCAAUCAACUGUAUCCAUUUGCAAUCUCCUUGAUUGAAAGUGUUAAAACCUAUGAAAGGACUUUAGAAAAGAUUGAAGACAGACCGACAAUAGUUUUGUUAGUAGCUGGACUCAGGAAAGAAGUACAGACUCUAAUUGGAGAGGGUUGUGCACUGGUUUGGGAAUCCUACAAACUAGAUCCUUAUGUACAGAGACUUGCUGAUACAAACUUUAAUGUGCAAGAAAAGGUUGAUGAUUUGGCAGAGAUGGAGUCUGAGAUUGAGCUGGAGGUGAAAGCUUUAACAACAUGUUCCUACAGUAACAACACAUUCACAGAGAUCCUGAAUCGUAUACAGAAAGCUGUUGACAACCUUAGUCUUCAUGCAUACUCAAACCUACAACAAUGGGUUGCCAAACUUGAUGAGAGAGUUGAGGAAGCUUUGGCAUUCAGAUUAGAAGCAGGGUUGAAGGCAUGGACAGAAGUUUUGAAAAAGAAAGCUGAAGAUAAAGACGACACAGUUGACCAGUUAAUGGACACUGAUGCACCACAACAAGCUCAUAAACCAGGUGGAGAUCCACAAAUCAAGCCACUGAUCCAUGAACUGAGGAUCACAAACCAAGUGAUUUAUGUAAAUCCUCCAAUAGAAGAAGCUAGAGUGAACAUCAUGCAGGAACUGUUUGCUUGGGAAGCUGUCAUCACCAGUUUACCAAGAAUUAGACACUCCAGAUACACGGUUGGUUUGGAAGCUGAAUCAGAAUCAGAAACAACCUACAAGAAAGUAUUGACAAAAUUACCAACAGGACAGAGAAUAUUAGAAGAUGCCUAUUCUGCCAUGGAGGGGGUCAUGAAGGAAUUCUCUAAAUAUGUCAAUGUUUGGUUAAGAUAUCAGGCCUUGUGGGAUUUGAACCCAGAUGUACUUUACAACAGACUGGGGACCAAACUAAAGACUUGGAUGUCAACACUGGAAGAAAUAAAGGCUUCAAGGAAGACCUUUGAUACAUCUGAUACACAGAAACAACUUGGACCAAUCAUUGUUCAGUAUGGAAAGGUACAAUCUAAAGUGAGUUUGAAGUAUGAUUCAUGGCACAAAGAAGUUCUGACUAAAUUUGGUAGUUUCCUUGGAAAUGAAAUGACAGAAUUCCAUGCAACUAUUUCAAAGGCAAGAUCUGAGUUGGAACAACAGUCUAUAGAUACAGCCAAUACAUCAGAAGCUGUCGGUCUAAUUACACAAGUACAGGCUCUCAAACGUAAAAUGAUCAACUGGGAGAAGAGUGUUGAGAAUUUUAAUGAAAGUCAAAGGAUUCUAGAAAGACAGAGAUUCCAGUUCCCAGCUAACUGGUUAUACAGUGACAACAUAGAGGGAGAAUGGGGAGCUUUCUCUGAUAUCAUGAAACGUAAAGAUUCCUCUAUCCAGACACAAGUGGCUAGUCUACAGAUGAAAAUAGUGUCUGAGGAUAAGAUAGUAGAGAGUAAGACUCAUGAUAUGUUGUCAGAAUGGGAGAAAGAAAAACCAAUUGAGGGAGAACUGAUGCCAGAUUCUGCUAUGAAAGCACUGACAAUCUUUGAAGGAAAGUUUGGAAGACUGAAAGAGGAGAGAGAUAAUGUAUCCAAAGCUAAGGAAGCUCUAGAAUUGUCAGAACCAGGCCAAUUGAGUCCAAGUGAAGAAAAGAUGCAGGUAGCUCUAGAGGAACUACAGGAUCUAAAGGGAGUCUGGAUGGAACUGUCCAAAAUAUGGGAACAGAUUGAUGAACUCAAAGACAAACCUUGGUUGUCUGUUCAACCUAGAAAGAUUCGUCAGUCUCUUGAUGGCCUUGUUAACCAGUUGAAGGAAUUACCAGCCAGAUUAAGAACUUAUGACUCUUAUGAUUAUGUCAAGAGGAAAGUACAGGGAUAUGCUAAGGUUAACAUGAUGGUUGUGGAGUUGAAAUCUGAGGCUCUGAAGGAGAGACAUUGGAAGCAGUUGACAAGAAAACUAGGUGUUAGAUGGGUAUUAUCUGAUCUUACCCUGGGGCAUGUAUGGGAUGCUGACCUCCUUAAAAAUGAGAUGGUUGUCAAAGAUGUCAUUCUGAUAGCCCAGGGAGAAAUGGCUUUGGAGGAAUUCUUAAAACAGGUUGCUGAAGUGUGGAGAAGUUAUGAGUUAGAACUGAUUAACUACCAGAACAAAUGUAAACUGAUCCGUGGAUGGGAUGAUCUGUUCACCAAGGUCAAAGAACACAUAAACAGUGUGACAGCUAUGAAACUAUCUCCAUAUUACAAGCAAUUUGAGGAUGAUGCCGUGGCUUGGGAAGACAAAUUGAACCGUAUCAAUGCCUUGUUUGAUGUGUGGAUAGAUGUACAGAGAAGAUGGGUGUACCUAGAAGGCAUAUUUACAGGCAGUGCUGAUAUCAAACAUUUACUACCAGUGGAAACUUCAAGAUUUCAGGGUGUGAGUACAGAGUUUUUAGCAUUAAUGAAGAAGGUGACCAAGUCCCCAUUAGUUAUGGAUGUUGUUAACAUCAACAAUGUACAGAAACAACUGGAGAGAUUAGCUGAUCUACUGGGCAAGAUACAGAAAGCUUUAGGAGAGUAUCUAGAGAGAGAAAGAUCAUCAUUCCCAAGAUUUUACUUUGUUGGUGAUGAAGAUUUGUUAGAGAUUAUUGGUAACAGUAAGAAUGUAGGCAGACUACAGAAACAUUUCAAGAAGAUGUUUGCUGGAGUAUCUACCAUAGCUCUUAAUGAUGAUGAAUCACAGGUCACUGGUCUUGUGUCCAAGGAGGGAGAAGAGGUCAAUUUUGUUACAACUGUUUCAAUAGCACAACAUCCAAAGAUCAAUGAAUGGCUGACCUUAGUAGAGAAAGAAAUGAGAGUAACAUUAGCUAAAUUAUUAGCCAGGGCUGUACAAGAGGUACAUGCCUUUAAGUCUGGCAAGAUUGACCCUGAGCAGUACAUGCAAUGGAUUGAUGGAUAUCAGGCCCAGUUAGUAGUAUUAGCAUCUCAGAUUUGCUGGUCAGAGAAUGUAGAAACAACACUACAGGGCAUCUCUACAUCAAACAAGCCCGAUGAUCUAGGACCACUUCAGGGUGUGCUGACAACAGUAGACUCCACAUUGAAUGUCCUGGCUGAUUCUGUAUUACAUGAACAACCACCUGUUAGGAGAAAGAAACUUGAACAUCUGAUUACAGAGUUGGUCCAUCAAAGAGAUGUGACAAGGAUGUUAGUUUCACACAAUGUCAAUACUCCUAAGAACUUUGAUUGGUUAUGUCAAAUGAGAUUUUAUUUUGAUCCUAAGAACACUGAUGUUUUACAACAACUCUCUAUACAUAUGGCAAAUACCAAGUUUAAUUAUGGAUUUGAAUAUCUUGGAGUACAGGAGAAACUUGUACAAACACCAUUAACUGACAGAUGUUAUCUGACUAUGACACAGGCAUUAGAGGCUAGACUUGGAGGAUCACCAUUUGGUCCUGCUGGAACUGGGAAAACUGAGUCUGUCAAAGCUUUGGGUAACCAGCUUGGUAGAUUUGUAUUGGUCUUUAACUGUGAUGAAACAUUUGAUUUCCAGGCUAUGGGUCGUAUUUUUGUUGGAUUGUGUCAAGUUGGAGCAUGGGGAUGCUUUGAUGAGUUUAACAGAUUGGAAGAGAGAAUGUUGUCAGCUGUAUCACAGGAAAUUCAAACCAUCCAAGAAGGCCUCAAGGAACUUGUAGGAGUUACAGACAAAAAGAAAGGAGUAGUUGUAGAAAUUAUUGGUAAAACUGUGAAGUUGAAUCCUGACAUGGCUAUUUUCAUCACCAUGAACCCAGGAUAUGCUGGUAGAUCUAAUCUCCCUGAUAACUUGAAGAAAUUAUUCAGAAGUCUGGCUAUGACCAAACCUAAUAGACUUUUGAUUGCUGAGGUCAUGCUGUAUUCACAAGGAUUUAGAACAGCUGAAAAACUAGCUAGCAAGAUUGUACCAUUCUUCCAAUUGUGUGAUGAGCAGCUAUCCCCUCAGUCUCAUUAUGACUUUGGAUUGAGAGCUUUGAAGAGUGUACUUAUCAGUGCUGGUAAUGUGAAACGAGACAGGAUUCAAAGAAUUAAAGAUGGCUUGUUAGAAAGAGGAGAAACUGUUGAUGAAGGAAAAAUUGCUGAAAAUCUACCUGAACAAGAGAUUUUGAUACAGAGUGUGAUGGAGACUCUGGUACCCAAGCUUGUCGCUGAAGAUAUCCCACUGUUGAACAGUCUGUUACAUGAUGUGUUCCCAGGAGUAGAAUACCAGCCUGGUGGUAUGGAAGCCCUCAGAGCUGAGAUUAAGAAAGUCUGUAAAGAGAUGUAUCUCACAUAUGCUGAAGGUGAAGACUCGGGAGCCCAAUGGGUUGACAAGGUGCUACAACUUUACCAGAUUACAAAUCUUCACCAUGGUCUAAUGAUGGUAGGACCUAGUGGUAGUGGUAAAUCUAAAGCCUGGAGAGUUCUUCUGAAGGCUCUAGAGAGACUCGAAGGAACAGAUGGUGUAGCUCAUGUCAUUGAUCCAAAAUCCAUAUCCAAGGCAUUGUUGUAUGGUAAUUUGGAUCAAAACACCAGAGAAUGGACAGAUGGAUUGUUCACACAUAUCCUCAGAAAAAUCAUAGACAAUGUCCGAGGAGAAUUACAGAAGAGACAGUGGAUUAUAUUUGAUGGUGAUGUAGAUCCAGAAUGGGUAGAAAAUCUGAACUCUGUACUGGAUGAUAGUAAAAUGUUGACAUUGCCUAAUGGUGAACGUCUGGCUAUUCCACCUAAUGUGAGAAUUAUGUUUGAAGUACAAGAUCUUAAGUAUGCUACCUUAGCCACAGUCAGUAGAUGUGGUAUGGUAUGGUUCAGUGAAGAUGUGCUGUCGACAGAGAUGGUCUUUGAUAACUACCUACAACUCCUAAGACAUGUACCUGUAGAGGAAAGCGAGGAGGAGGCUAUUAAACCUGGUGGCAAGAAGGAGGAAGAAGUGCUGUCACCAUCGAUGCAGACCCAGAAUGACUGUGCAGCUAUACUACAGCCAUACUUUGCAUCUGAUGGGAUUGUUAUUAAGUGUUUAGAAUAUGCUGCUGAUUUAGAUCAUGUGAUGGACUUUACUAGACUAAGAGCUCUAAGUGCUCUGUUUUCCAUGUUAAAUCAAAGUGUAAGGAAUGUUAUAGCAUACAACAACUCACAUGCUGACUUUGCUAUGCAGCAAGACCAGUUGGAGAAGUACAUAACUAAAUAUUUGAUAUACAGUGUAUUAUGGUCUAUGUCAGGAGAUGGUAGACUGAAGAUCCGACAGGAACUAGGAAAUUUUAUCAGAGGUGUAACAACUAUACCUCUACCUCCUGCUACUAAUAAUGCCAUUAUUGAUUUUGAGGUGAAUAUAUCUGGAGAAUGGAUACCAUGGCAGUCUAAGGUACCACAGAUAGAAGUAGAGACACACAAGGUAGCAGCUGCUGAUGUUGUUAUACCUACUAUAGAUACAGUCAGACAUGAAGUCCUAUUGUAUACCUGGCUAGCAGAACAUAAGCCAUUGGUAUUGUGUGGACCUCCUGGAUCAGGAAAAACCAUGACAUUGUUUAGUGCUCUUAGAUCAUUGCCAGACAUGGAGGUUGUAGGUUUGAAUUUCUCCAGUGCUACAUCACCAGAGUUACUGUUGAAGACCUUUGACCAUUACUGUGAAUACAGACGUACACCAAAUGGAGUUAUUCUAGCACCGAUACAGCUCAACAAAUGGCUAGUACUUUUCUGUGAUGAAAUCAAUCUGCCUAACAUGGAUAAAUAUGGUACACAGAGGGUAAUAUCAUUCCUCAGACAGAUGUUGGAAUAUGAUGGGUUCUACAGACCUUCAGAUCAAGCUUGGGUUAAGUUUGAAAGAAUACAAUUUGUUGGUGCCUGUAAUCCACCCACUGAUCCUGGCAGAAAACCACUCUCACACAGGUUCUUGAGACAUGUACCUGUGGUGUAUGUGGACUACCCAGGACAGCUGUCACUAACACAGAUCUAUGGAACAUUUAACAGAGCAAUGUUACGACUGGUUCCAAGUCUCAAACCAUAUGCUGAUCCUCUAACUAGUGCUAUGGUGGAAUUUUAUCUUAUGUCACAGGAAAGAUUUACACAAGACAUGCAGCCCCAUUAUGUGUACAGUCCUAGGGAAAUGACACGCUGGGUGAGAGGAAUCUGUGAAGCUCUAAAACCACUAGAUAACUUAUCUGUAGAGGGACUUGUCAGGAUUUGGGCACAUGAGGCUCUUAGAUUGUUCCAAGACAGGCUGAUAGAUGAUGAAGAGAGGAGAUGGACAGACGAUAAUGUUGAUAAAGUAGCACUUAAACAUUUCCCAAGUAUAAACAAAGAGGAGGCUCUCACUAGACCUAUACUGUUCAGUAACUGGCUCUGCAAGGACUAUGUACCAGUAGACAGAGAAGACCUAAGAGAAUAUACAAAAGCUAGGCUGAAGGUGUUCUAUGAAGAGGAGCUUGAUGUUCCACUUGUACUGUUUGAUGAAGUAUUAGACCAUGUUCUGAGAAUUGACAGAAUAUUCCGACAGCCAUCUGGUCACGUCCUGUUGAUUGGUGUCAGUGGAGCAGGAAAGACAACUCUGUCCAGAUUUGUUGCAUGGAUGAAUGGUCUGUCUACAUACCAGAUUAAGGUCCAUAAUAAAUAUACUGCAGCAGACUUUGAUGAAGAUCUCCGAGUUGUUCUGAGGAGAUCUGGAUGUAAGGCUGAAAAGAUAGCAUUCAUAAUGGAUGAAUCCAAUGUGAUGGACUCUAGUUUCUUAGAAAGAAUGAACACUUUGUUAGCCAAUGGAGAAGUUCCAGGAUUGUUUGAAGGAGAUGAAAACACAACAUUAAUGACUCAGUGUAAAGAAGGAGCUCAGAGAGAAGGAUUAAUGUUAGAUUCUAGUGAAGAAUUAUACAAAUGGUUCACUCAGCAGGUAAUGAAGAAUCUGCAUGUAGUGUUUACAAUGAAUCCAUCAAGAGAAGGAUUGAAGGACAGAGCAUCUACUUCACCAGCUUUGUUUAACAGAUGUGUGUUGAACUGGUUUGGUGACUGGUCAAAUGGAGCUCUGUAUCAAGUAGGAAAAGAAUUCACCAACAAAGUUGAUCUAGAAAAACCCAAGUACCGUGCUCCAGACUAUCUGAAACCACUGUAUGAAGGCAUGCCAAUGCCCCCCUCACACAGAGAUGUAGUCAUCAAUGCAUUUGUGUUUGUACAUCUAUCUCUACACCAGGCUAACACUAGAGUAUCCAAGAGAGGAGGACGUACAAUGGCUAUCACACCUAGACAUUAUCUCGACUUUAUCCAUCACUUUGUAAAACUUUACAAUGAAAAGAGAUCAGAUUUGGAAGAACAACAACUUCACUUGAAUAUAGGUCUACAGAAGAUACGUGAGACUGUGGAUCAAGUAGAGGAUUUACAGAAAUCAUUGUCUAUUAAACGUAUAGAACUGGAGGAGAAGAACAAUGCAGCUAAUGCUAAACUCAAACAGAUGGUGAAAGAUCAACAAGAAGCUGAACGUAAGAAAGUUACAUCUCAGGAAAUCCAAGUGGCCCUGAUUGAACAAACUAAAGUCAUCAAUGAGAAACAAACUGAUGUAAUGGAAGAUCUAUCCAAAGUAGAACCAGCUGUUAUUGAGGCUCAACAAGCUGUGAAAGGCAUAAAGCGCCAGCACCUUGUAGAAGUCAGAGCACUACCCAACCCUCCUGCUCUUGUCAAGCUUGCUAUAGAGUCAAUCUGCCUCAUGUUAGGAGAACAAGAUCUCGACUGGAAAUCACUUAGAAGUAUUAUCAUGAAGGAAAAUUUUAUAUCACUUAUCAUCAAUUACAAGACAGAAGACAUAUCUGAUGAAAUAAGGAACAAGAUGAAGAAGAAUUACAUGUCAAACCCAGAUUAUUGUUAUGAGAAAGUAAACAGAGCCAGUUUGGCCUGUGGUCCUAUGUGUAAAUGGGCUAUUGCUCAGAUCCAAUAUGCUGACAUGUUGAAGAGAGUAGAACCUCUUAGAAAUGAAUUACAAGAAUUAGAAGAUCAUUCAAAUGAAAAUAAGAUGAAAGCUGCUGAGGUUAACAAGCUUAUUAAUGAGUUAGAGAAGAGUAUUGGCAAAUACAAAGAGGAAUAUGCUAUACUGAUUAGUCAGGCUCAGGCUAUCAAACAGGAUCUUGCUGCUGUUGAAUCAAAGGUCGGAAGAAGUGUAGCUUUGUUGAAGAGUUUGGAUGGAGAGAAACAGAGAUGGGAAUCUGGCAGUGAGACAUUUAAGAGUCAAAUGUCAACUAUUAUUGGUGAUGUAUUGCUAUCAUCAGCUUUCAUGGCAUAUGCAGGAUACUUUGACCAACAGAUGAGAAGGAACUUAUUUACAACGUGGUCAGCACAUAUACAACAGGCACAUGUUCAGUUUAGAAAUGACUUGGCCAGAACUGAGUAUCUAUCUAAUGCUGAUGACAGACUGAGAUGGCAAGCUAAUACACUUCCUGCUGAUGAUCUGUGUACAGAGAAUGCCAUCAUGCUGAAGAGAUAUAACAGAUACCCAUUGAUCAUUGAUCCCUCUGGUCAGGCUACAGAAUUUAUCAUGAAUGAAUACAGAGAAAAGAAAAUCACAAAGACUAGCUUCUUAGAUGAUGCUUUCAGGAAGAAUUUGGAAAGUGCACUUAGAUUUGGAAAUCCUUUACUUGUUCAGGAUGUAGAAAGUUAUGAUCCUAUCCUGAACCCAGUGUUGAACAGAGAGUUGAGGAGAACAGGUGGGAGAGUUUUGAUUACUCUAGGUGAUCAGGAUAUUGAUCUGUCUCCUACAUUUACUAUCUUCCUGUCCACAAGAGAUCCAUUGGUUGAGUUCCCUCCAGACAUAUGUUCCAGAGUUACAUUUGUAAACUUUACAGUGACAAGGAGUAGUUUACAAGACCAGUGUUUGAACCAGGUUCUGAAAUCAGAAAGGCCUGAUGUUGAUGCUAAGAGAUCUGAUUUGUUGAAAUUGCAAGGUGAAUUCCAGCUGAAACUGAGACAACUUGAGAAGUCCUUAUUACAAGCUCUGAAUGAGUCCAAGGGUAAAAUCCUAGAUGAUAACAGUAUCAUUUCCCAUUUGGAGACUUUAAAGAAAGAGGCUGCAGAGGUGGCUAAAAAGGUCGAAGAGACGGACGUUAUCAUGGCAGAAGUUGAGACUGUUUCUCAGCAAUAUGUUCCUCUGGCUAUGUCAUGUAGUAGUAUAUACUUUACGCUUGAGGCUCUCAAACAGGUACACUUCCUCUACCAGUACUCACUACAGUUCUUCCUGGAGAUUUUCCACACUGUAUUUACCAGCAGUGACAAAUUGAAAGGACAAAAGGAUUAUGCUGCUAGAUUGUCCAUUAUCACUAAUGAACUAUUUGUGGAAACUUACAGCAGAGUAGGAAGAGGAAUGUUCCAUCAUGACAGGGUCACUAUUGCCAUGCAGUUGUGUAGAAUUUAUCUUCAAGGAAAACAGAGAUACAGGAAUAAGGUUUUAAGUGAACCAAGUUAUGAUGAGGAGUUUAAUCAGUUUAUGAGAAGUCAGGAAGCCCUGAUGACUGAGAGAUCAACCAUUUCUAUUCCAGGACUGUCACAGCAUCAGUUAGCUUCUGUUGCAAGGCUGAGCAAACUGAGGACAUUCAGAAACAUUGUCAAAGAAAUCAAAGCCAGUGAUGCUUUUCAAACCUGGUUAGAAAGUGCAGCACCAGAACAAGAUGUCAUACAGUUAUGGGAAGAAGAUAAACCAAUGAAUCCUACAGGCAAGGCAGUCAAUGGAUUAUUAUUGAUCCAAGCUUUGAGACCAGACAGAUUGACUGCCAUGGCAAGAGUGUUUGUAGAGAAGUCAUUAGGACCUGCAUUCUUACACAGUGGAGAAAAAGAACUCAACUUAUCUGAUAUUGUGGAAAAUGAGAUAAAAGCAAAUACCCCCGUGUUGAUGUGCUCAGUUCCUGGAUAUGAUGCUAGUGGAUGGGUUGAUGAUUUAGCAACAGAACUUGGAAAACAGAUAACACCAAUUGCUAUUGGUUCAUCAGAAGGCUUUACUCAAGCAGAGAAGGUUAUUAAUGCCUCCAGCAAGUCAGGAAGAUGGGUGAUGUUGAAGAAUGUUCACUUAGCACCACAAUGGCUUGUACAGUUAGAGAAGAAACUACAUAAUCUGACACCACAUCCUAGCUUUAGAUUGUUCUUAACCAUGGAGAUUAAUCCUAAGAUACAUGAACAAGGGUUCAAGAUUCCAACAAACUUGCUGAGGGCUGGAAGGGCAUUUGUAUUUGAACCACCACCAGGUGUCUCUGCUAACUUGUUGAGGACUUUCAGUACAGUUCCAGCAUCUAGAAUGUGCAAGGCACCAAAUGAGAGAUCCCGUUUAUACUUCCUGUUAGCCUGGUUACAUGCUAUUGUACAGGAGAGAAUGAGGUACACACCAUUAGGAUGGGCCAAGAAGUAUGAGUUCACAGAGUCAGAUCUCAAGGUGGCAUGUGAUAUGUUAGAUACAUGGAUAGAUUCUGUUGCUAUGGGAAGAACCAAUGUACCACCAAACAAAGUACCAUGGGAUGCUAUCAGGACUUUGUUGUCACAGUGUAUUUAUGGCGGAAAGAUUGAUAACGAAUUCGAUCAGAGAUUAUUGACAACAUUUAUACAUAAACUGUUCUCACCAAAGAGUUUUGAAGGAGACUUUACAUUGGUGAUGAAUGUAGAUGGCAAAGGAAAGAAAAUAUUGAUGCCAGAUGGUGUACAGAGAGAACAAUUUGUUCAGUUUGCAGAACGUUUGGAAUCUGAUAGACAAACUCCAGCAUGGUUAGGACUACCAAACAAUGCAGAGAAAGUGCUACUUACAAAUCUUGGAGCUGAGGUAAUAGCUAAUUUGAUGAAGAUGCAGAUAUUGGAAGAAGAUGAUGAUUUGGCCUAUGGUGGAACACCAGAUGAAGAACAGAAGAUUGUGGAUGGACGUCCUACAUGGAUGAAGACAUUACAUACAUCAGUAUCUACAUGGAUGACCCUUGUACCAAAGGGUUAUGAAGAAGUGUCUGUUGGAGCCAUGAAGAGAACAGUGGAGAACAUUAAGGAUCCAUUGUUUAGAUUUUUUGAGAGAGAGGUGAAUUCUGGAGCACAGUUGCUACAUGAUGUUCGUCAAGAUUUACAUGAUGUUAUGAUGGUAUGUUCUGGGGAGAAAAAACCUACGAAUCACCAUAGAACCAUGAUGGCUGAUCUUGCUAAAGGUAUAAUACCACAGACAUGGAGAAGAUACACUGUACCACACGGUAUAACUGUCAUUCAGUGGAUUACUGAUUUCUCUACUCGUGUUAAACAGCUACAGAAAAUUGUACAAACCACGUCACAAGGAGGAGCUAAAGAAUUGAAGAACUUGACAGUAUGGUUAGGAGGCUUGUUCAUACCUGAAGCCUACAUUACAGCAACCAGACAGUAUGUAGCUCAGGCCAAUAGCUGGUCACUAGAAGAACUGUAUUUGGAUGUGAAGGUUACUGAUGGUAAAGACAACAUAGAUGCUUGCAGUUUUGGUGCAUCAGGUUUGAUUUUACAAGGAGCAGUAUGUAAGAAUAACAAGUUACAACUGUCUACAACUAUCUCUACAGACCUACCAUUGACUCUUCUCAGAUGGGUCAGACUGGAUUUGGAGAAAGAAAGACAAGGAAAGGUAACUCUUCCAGUCUACCUGAAUGCCACCAGAGCACAACUGUUAUUUACUUUGGACUUUGAGACGGAAGGAGAAGGAUCUGGUAAAGGCCAUAGUUUCUAUGAGCGUGGAGUGGCUAUGAUCUCUUCUGAUCUUGGAUAGACUUUGAUAAAAAAAAAAAAGAUUUAUAUUCUAUAGAGCAACUUUUCAUUUCGUUGACUUUGAAAAUAUGAAAAUAAUGAUGUGGGUCACGGUGUAGUACAUAAUUUACAGUUAUAAACAGUGAUAUAUAAAUGGAAGAAAAUUGAUAAAAAUUAAUCAUGAUUCAAAGUUAAUGAUUGUUUAUGAAGUAACAAUCAUACUGCAAUAUUUAAAAUUUGAUUUAAAACAUUUACUGAUCAAGGACCACUAACCGUCAGUUACCUGUUACCAUUACCUUGCAUUUUAUGCAAAAACUAAAUCUUUUAUAAGUAUGACAUUCUGCUUUAAUCAUCAAACAAAUAUCUUUACUUCAUUCGUAAAAACAUUGAUUUUGUUUGAUUCAAUUAGGACAGGGAAAUGCUGAGUCUUAUGUUUUUUAACACGUAGGAAGAUACGUGUGAGGGUACAUGACGUCAUCACUUAAUGACGUCUUCGAAUUUGAAAAACUAACCGUUUUCAAAUACAGCAAUUUCUCAGCUUGUUUUAGAAUACAAAAUUUCUUUCAAACAAAUUUAAAAGAUUUAUGAAUUAAGAUCUAUACUUCUAUUCUAUACUGUGUAACUUGUUUCAAAUGUCCAAGCGAAAAGAAGAAGAGUGUCUGCAUUUACUAGGGAAUGAGGAUAUGUUUGGUUUACUUGACAAACCUCCUCCCUUUCUUGCCACACAAUAUUCAAAUAUGACAUAAAUGUUCAGAUUAAGCAAAAAUUUCUAUGAUUUUGUGGAUAGAUUGUGACAGUUACUGGUCGUACCCAUAAAAUUUCACUCAAAAAUAGCCACACCAGUAACCUGUUUUCAUUGUUUAUUAGAUGAUUUUAAGUCCAAGCCUAUCAUCCCUAAAUCAUAACGUUUGGUAACUUUUUAUAUGGUACAAGAAUAUUUCCCAACAGAGUUGCUGUUUAAAAAAUAUAUGAGAAAAAAAAAUAAUUUCUGAUGGUUACUGGUACUAGACCAGUAUUGAAAUGUUACUGUAACACGUAACCGUUAUUUUUUGGAUGCAAAACCGUUUUCAAAUUAUAUUUUUGAUUGUUGUAAACCUUGUUAUUCAGAUAUAA